AUGUGUAUCUCAUCAUACAUGUUGAUUCUUUCUCUCUCUCUUUUUUCUCAAGGUUUUCUACUCUCACUUUCAAAAUCUCUGCAAAAGGUAGAAGAUGAAGAUAUGUUGCUAACCACAUUAAAUCUAGGAAAAACUCUUCGAAAUGGAGCUAGAACUGCAAACAGAGGAGCUAUACCUUUGCUGAAGCAUUAUAAGAGUGAAGACAGCAGUAUUUUGGAUGAAGAGGAAGACAGAAACAUGAAGUUUUUGGACAUAGGUUCCAGACGUGAUUUCUUAAAUCAUGUUAUGCCAAUCAGCUUAGGUAGCAAGCAACUACCUUUUCUUGCACUGAAGGGAGCCAUGGCUUUUCCAGCUGACACUGAAAUUCAAAAUAUUGAAUCAAUACAAGAAAGAGAGACUGCAGAUGAAGAAAAUUCAGCUAAAUUCCCUAUAGGAAGACGAGAUUUUGACACACUCAGGUGUAUGCUGGGAAGAGUCUAUCGACCUUGUUGGCAAGUCUGA